UCAAUUGGAGAGUUGACAGAGGCAGCACAUAUUAUUUAUAGACAAGGAUUGCCUCGCUUUCACCAGAAGACCCUCCGAGGCGCCUUCGCUCUCUAUUAGCGCUCGAUAUACACGGACACGCCUCCGUCUGCGAGAUAUAUCACCAGUGACAUGCAGCAUGCUGGCUUGCUGGACUUGAACGAGCUGGAAACGACUUACGAGUCUGCUGCGUCAGUCAGAGCUUGAACCCACGGCAGGGGGAAGAAAUGGGCAACACGGCAACAAAGUUCCGCAAGGCGCUCAUCAACGGGGAUGAGGUGCUGGCCUGCCAACUCUACGAGAGCAACCCGCAGUUUAAGGAGGCUCUGGAUCCCAACUCUACAUACGGGGAGUCUUACCAGCACAACACUCCACUGCACUAUGCUGCCCGGCACGCCAUGACGCGCCUACUCAGGUCUUUUCUCCUCAGCAAAGAUGGCAAUCCUAACAAGCGCAAUGUGCACAAUGAAACCUCCCUGCACCUGCUUUGCAUGGGGCCUCAGAUCCUGACCUCAGAGGGGGCGCUGCAGCCUCGGAUCGCUCGACCCUAUGAGGACGAGCAGCGCCGGGCGGAGUGCCUCCAGAUCGUCCUCUCCUGGACCGGAGCGAAGCUGGACCACGGAGAGUAUGAGAGCGCCGACACCAACGCCAAGGACAACAAGAAAAACACCUGCCUGCACUACGCUGCUGCUUCUGGCAUGAAGACGUGUGUGGAGUUGCUGGUGCAGAGAGAGGCGGACUUGUUUGCGGAGAACGAGAACCGCGAGACUCCAUGUGACUGUGCCGAGAAGCAGCACCACAAGGAGUUGGCCCUGCGCCUGGAGUCGCAGAUGGUCUUCUCGCUUGCCCCCGAGGCGGAGGGCAUAGAGGCAGAGUAUGCAGCUCUCGACCGAAGAGAGUUGUACGAGGGCCUGCGGCCUCAGGAUUUACGGAGACUGAAGGACAUGCUGAUAGUGGAGACAGCCGACAUGCUGCAAGCCCCCCUCUUCACUGCUGAAGCACUGCUACGUGCCCACGACUGGGACAGAGAGAAGCUUUUAGAGGCCUGGAUGACCAAUGCAGAGGACUGCUGUCAACGCUCGGGAGUGCAGAUGCCCAAUCCACCUCCAAGUGGCUGUAAUGCAUGGGACACCUUGCCCUCACCUCGAACGCCACGCACCACCCGCUCGUCUAUCACCUCCCCGGACCAAAUCAGCCUUGUGCCUGCUGAUGAGGAGUCUGCUCUGUGUGGGAUCUGCAUGUCCUCCAUCUCCGUUUUUGAAGAGCCUGUUGACAUGUCAUGUGGCCAUGAAUUCUGCAGAGCAUGCUGGGAAGGGUUUCUGAAUCUAAAGAUUCAAGAAGGAGAAGCACACAACAUAUUUUGCCCGGCGUUCGACUGCUACCAGCUGGUGCCAGUGGAGGUCAUAGAGAGUGUGGUCUCCAGAGAGAUGGACAGGCGCUACCUCCAGUUUGACAUCAAGGCUUUUGUUGAAAACAAUUCAGCAAUCCGCUGGUGUCCAGAGGCAGGCUGUGAAAGAGCAGUCCGCCUGAGCACCCAGGGCCCGGGAACUUCAACCUCGGACCCUCUGAGCUUUCCUCUCCUCCGGGCUCCUGCUGUAGACUGUGGCAAAGGCCACCUCUUCUGCUGGGAGUGUCGGGGGGAGGCCCACGAGCCCUGUGACUGUGAGACCUGGAAGAUGUGGCUCCAGAAAGUCACUGAGAUGAAGCCAGAGGAAUUGGCUGGUGUGAGUGAAGCUUACGAGGAUGCGGCCAACUGCUUAUGGCUGCUCACUAACUCCAAAUCCUGCGCCAAUUGCAAAUCUCCGAUACAGAAAAACGAGGGCUGUAAUCACAUGCAGUGUGCGAAGUGUAAGUACGACUUCUGCUGGAUCUGUCUGGAGGAGUGGAAAAAGCACAGCUCGUCGACGGGGGGCUACUAUCGCUGCACGCGCUACGAGGUCAUCCAGCAGGUCGAGGAGCAGUCGAAGGAGAUGACUGAAGAGGCAGAGAAGAAGCACAAGAGUUUUCAGGAACUCGACCGUUUCAUGCACUACUACACACGCUUCAAGAACCAUGAGCACAGCUAUCAGCUGGAGCAGCGCCUGUUAAAAACAGCCAAAGAGAAGAUGGAGCAGCUUAGUCGGGCCCUGAGUGGAAGAGAAGGAGGCUCGCCUGACACUACGUUCAUUGAAGACGCCGUUCUAGAACUACUAAAGACUCGCCGCAUCCUCAAGUGCUCUUAUCCUUACGGGUUCUUCCUGGAGCCUAAAAGCACAAAGAAAGAGAUCUACGAACUUAUGCAGACGGAUUUGGAGAUGGUGACCGAGGACUUGGCGCAAAAGGUUAACAGGCCUUACCUGCGAACGCCGCGCCACAAGAUCAUCCGUGCAGCGUGCCUGGUUCAGCAGAAAAGACAGGAGUUCCUGGCCUCGGUCGCCCGAGGAGUGGCUCCCAACGACUCUCCCGAGGCCCCCAGGCGCAGUUUUGCUGGAGGAUCGUGGGACUGGGAGUACUUAGGCUUUGCAUCACCUGAGGAGUACGCGGAGUUCCAGUACAGACGGCGGCACAGGCAGCGGAGGCGAGGCGACAUGUCCAGUCUCCGGAGCAACACGCCCGAUCCUGACGAGCUCAGCGACAGCACUUUAGACACACAAGACGCCGGAGGUGGACGCCGGCAGGGUCCUUUGAUGGGUCUCGGCUCCUUGGAUGACGACGACCCGAACAUCCUCCUGGCUAUUCAGCUGUCGCUGCAAGACUCGGGGAUGGCGGGGAGCGGGCCCAGUCACGAGCUUCUUGCCAACGAGGCGUCCCUCGGCGCCAUCGGCACUUCCCUGCCGUCGAGGCUGGAGCAGACCGCUCCGGGUUUGGAGGUCCGCCCCCGAGCCUCGCUCAGCAGCUCCGAACUGCUGGAGCUGGGAGACAACCUGGCAAGACUCGGGAACAUCAGCAGCCAGUACUCCGCUACGACGAGUGUGUCCAUCUCUGUGCAGCACUCCGACGGCCGCCACCGGGCGUUCGGCGCUCCCGUGCCCAUACCUUUGGCUUCAGGCGGCAGCACCUCCUCAACAGGCCUUUUCUCGUCCUCCACCGACACGACAGACUCCGCCACCUGCGGCAGCCACGACCCAUCCUCGUCCUCCACGCUAGCGGCCAACGCUAACCUGCUGGGCAACAUCAUGGCCUGGUUCCACGACAUGAAUCCCCAAGGCAUCACCCUCGUCCCCCCGACCUCCUCGGACACCGACUCAAACCUGUGCUCGCUCCCCGCCGGCGAGGGGGGCGGCCUGCAAGACGACGGGAAGGGCGGGGUCGCCGUCCCGCCGGAGAGCAGGAAACCUCAGGAGGUGAUGGCAGACGCGGGUUUCUGCCCUCAGAGACGGAGUGACAUGGAGGAGAAGGAGUGCGCCGUCGCCGAGAGGCCGACUCAGUUAGACCUGGUGGGGCUGGACGCCGCGCCGCUGCCUUACACGGCAAACCUCGACACGAGCGGCGAGCUCGCCGAGCGGAGGGGGUCAAAGGUCUGCCAGGACGACAGUCCGCGAUGCGACUCCGUGUCCGACCAGCUGCCCAGCACCAGCUCCUCCGAGUGGGAAGAACAAGUGCACUUGGUGUGAUCUGAUUGGCCGAGACAGGAGGGCGCUUGUUCAGAAGGCCAAAAGAAACACUUCGGUUUGCAAACUAAACCGAGAUGAGGGAAAAGUGUUGUAGCCGCUGAGGUGGAAUGUAUACAGGGUGAGGAAUGUUUCAGACACGCUCGGCUGGAUAGUGAGGAAGAAAGUUUCCACUCCUAAUUUCAGUGCAGUCAGUCUCCCGCGCCGACUGUAUCGUGAGCCCCAACAACCAGCCCCCCCCGCACAGACAGCACCAGCUAAAGAGAUCACACUUAAUUACCCGUUUCAAGGAAGUGUCUCCUAAAACGCAUCCUGUACUGAUGAAUUACAAACCACUUGCUUUUUUUUUUUUUCGGAAAGCGUUGAACAUGUUUUUUUCUUCUCCUCACUGGAGCAAGCCUACUGUAUCAGUGUGAAUCAGGUAUGAGAGAGAGAGGACAGAAAACGCUGCAGGACACAGUCAGUGCUCCCUCCUGUCCACAUCUGCCUGCAAUAUAAAGGUGCCAAACACUGAUUAGCAGAAGCACAGUUUGCAGUCACCAAGUGGAUUCUUCAAAGCAAAUUGUGCCUACUUAUCAACGACUCAGCUAAACCUGAAAUGUGAAAAUCCAGAGCCAUAUUUCAUUUGAGGUUGCAGCUGAGCGACUCUUUCAAAUCUCACUGACUGAAAGCUGUAGUGUGGCGUUCAAAAAAAAAAAAAGAAAGAAAGAAAGAAAAGUCAUUUGCAAAACAUUCACAUUCAACCAAAAAGCCCCCUGAUUAAUGAUUCAACAGGAAAAGUAGGUGGCUUGCUCAAAAUCAUUUCAAAACGGACUUGACAACGGUUAUUCAUCUGAGAGGCUGGGUCCUAACACGCUUUGAAUCGGAAGGGUCUUCAGAGCUUCGAAAACAACAAAUGCUGACAGGCCCAGAGGGGCUGCUCGCUGUGAUUCAGUUCACACCUUUGUGACAGCGUAUACCGAACCCCAUUGUAGCCGCUCUUAAACCAACGUUUGAGUGCCGAACGUGGAGCGCGACGGCGCGAGCAACAAGCCGGUAGUUUUGUUGAUACACUGCAGGGAAGGCCAGUGAAAGAGAUAAUCAGGCAAUCAUAUUCAGACUUGGGUGAAUUCAUUAAUCAAAGCCACAAGUCACUGUAAUUUAUCUCUGGGUCCCGUUUUAAGUGUACUAAUGAGCGCCGCCUUCUCAGAUCUCUGCAGAUGUCCGGGACCGCAGGGGGAACAUGGAGAGUUCAUGAAUGUGUCGCUGCGUCACGGCCGCAUGGGGAGUCCGUGUUCUCAGACGAGGUUCUCUACGCCGUUAGAGAUACAGUGCCUUCCUGUCAAUCACCGUCAUUCAAUCCUUUUUUUUUUUCUUCCACAUAUUAUACUGAGUGCUAAUUACACACAGUGUGAAGUAUAAACAAAAAAAAAACACCUGUUACCUUAAAGUUCUUUCUCUCACAUAGUGUUUUAUAGUGGGUUAUUUUCUCAAUCAGAAUAACUGUAGCAUGAGGCUUUUCUUGUGGUAUUUUGUUAACGAAUAACACCGACUUUUAUAUGAUUUGGUGAGAUAGGGUCCAACAGACCAUGGCGUAGUUUCUAAUCUUGCUCCCCACGUAUUUUUGAAGAGAUAUCUCACUUGUCCGGUUGUUGUGCGGUAGACCUUCUAUUGGAGCCCGCGUGAUGACACGGCUGGGUUUCCCUGUGGUUCCAACACUAAAAUCACUGUACUGACUUCAGAAUGAGUCGACCUGCUGUAUGUGUUUUACCUAUCUUACAUGAAGACACUAAAAAUGGAGGAAAGUUGCAAUAUAAAGAAGGUAUUUAUUUGAAAACAGACAAAAAAAAAGCCUCUGAUUCAUUUGAAUAAUGAGGCUGAGUAACCCACGUGAAAUAACAGACACUGCUACAAACUCUAAGAUUUGCCGUCUUUUUUUUUUUCCUCUAUAGAGCAACAUUAAAUCUAAAGAUAGCGGCCGCUUUGCAGAGUGUCUUGAAGUUGUGAAACUGUGAGUGCCAUAUGGUUCAUAGAGCUAACUUUAUUGGACUUGGUUAAUGUAGGAGUGUUAAUCAGAGGAGAUAACAUCUGUUGCCCUUUUAGUCAAACACUACGUUGUGCAUGAAAUGGGUCUGAAGUCUAAGUGGAGUUUCUACUUUGUAUGUCACCUCUAACGUCCAGGUGAUUUCUUUUCAAAAGGCAUAUAACGUUUUUGUAACUCAUUGAGAUUUUUCUAUUGUAAAGCAACUAAUCCUUGAAAUGCUAUUUGCACUUUCAUAGUCUAUACUUGAUACAUUCCCUCUUUUUAUGAAACAAACA